AUGACAAAUUUAUUUGAUGAGCAGAAACCUAAAUUAAAAAAUUUGCUCAGCAAAAUAAAUCACUGUGCCAUCACAACUGAUAUGUGGACGUCCCUGGCAAAUGAAUCUUAUAUGACAGUCACAUGCUCGUUUAUUACAGAUAGUUACUGUCUUCGCUCUGCUGUUUUAUCAACAAAUAAGCUAAUUGAUGAAACAAAUCAUACUGCUAAGAAUAUAGCAGAUACCCUGCAGGCUGUUUGCAACGAAUGGGGAAUUUUUGAUAAAAUAACUGCAAUUGUGACCGAUAAUGCAAGCUCAAUGAUCAAAGCGUGUGAGCUGCUUAAAAAAAGGAAUUUACCCUGCUAUGCACACUCACUUAAUUUGGUGGUGCGAGAUUGCCUUAAGCUGGAUUGCACAAAAGAAUUACUUAAAAAAUGCAAGUCCAUUGUCGCGUUUUUUAAAAGUAGCACGAUUGCUUACAAGAAAUUUAAAGAUUCUCAAUUGACGGAAACUAAAUAUAGUCUAAUACAGGAAGUUGCCACCAGAUGGAACAGUGCAUUCCUAAUGAUUGAAAGAGUCUUAAAAACACAUGAAGCAAUCAAUAUAACACUUCUAAGUUUGUCGAAAGCGCCACAGCCUCUCACAGCUGACGAAAUCAACACAUUAAACACAACAUUAAAAGACUUGUCACAAAUACUUUCUCCCUUUGACAUUGCUUCCAAAGAAGUGUCAUCGAAUUCUAAAGUCACAGUAUCACUAGUUAUUCCAGUUACUUGUGGCCUCUUAAACAACUUGGAAAAUAGCACAAAAAAUCUUCUUACCGAAGUUGGCCUUAAAGUAAACGAAUUUUUAAUUGAUAGCGUAAUCAAAAGGUUGUACAAGUACGAAGAUCGCACAGUAACUAGCAUUUCUACAUUGCUUGAUCCAAGGUUUAAAAAACAAGGUUUCCGUUCGCAAUACAAUGCCAAAAAUGCUGAAAAACUUUUAAUUGAAGAACUUAUUCAUCUGAGCAAGUCUUCAGCUCCCACCUCAGAGCCACCAACACCAAUUGAUCAACCAAAACCAACACGACAUCCUCUUUAUGAAUUUGUAAAAAUCAACAUAGAAAAUUUGCCUAGGACCAAGCGCUCCGAUGCAAUAAUUGAUUUACAACAAUAUAUUGGGAAACAUCACUCCUUGGGCGAUGUUGAUCCCCUCAAAUAUUGGCAGCAUAACGAAAAUAGUAUAAAAGACCUUACUACGAAAUAUUUUUGCAUUCCUGCUUCAUCGACAGAGUCGGAGCGAUUGUUCAGCAAAGCUGGACAAAUUAUAACGGAACGAAGAGCUGCCUUAAAAGCUAAGCAUGUGGACAUGCUCCUUUUUCUUAGUUACAAUUCUCGGAUCUUGGCAGAAGACUGAUCCUUAAUUUUAAUUUUAUUCAAAUUUGUUUUGAUUUACUAUGUCCAUGAAGGAUCUCAUUAUGUUAAACAUAUGAAACAUAUGAAAUGUUUAUUAAAAUGUUAAUUUUUAUUGUUAAGUAUGCGUUUAUUAAGUUUUUGAAU